UUCGGUCCCAAAUUGGUCGAAAACCCUAACCCUAGCUUAAAUCACUAUCUUUCUUUCUCGGUCCCUAAGAAGAGACGGCGUGGCAGGCCCCACCGAAGCCCAGCGUCCUUUCGUGUUCCUGUUAUUUUCAAUGGAGUUAUGAACGGUAAUAACAACGAUCUCUCCCUUACGACAAAUGUUGAUAAUAAUCCAUCGGGAAUAAGACCUGUCCCCGACGUAUCUGAUGAGAUUAUUGUGAUAAACAAGGAACCCAAGGCUGAGGCCUUGAUUGCUCUCAGUGCUGGUUUUCCUGCCGAUUCACUUACUGAGGAGGAAAUUGAAGCUGGUGUUCUCCCCGUUAUCGGUGGAAUCGAACAAGUUAAUUACACUCUCAUUAGAAACCACAUUAUUGCUAAAUGGCGUGAAAGCGUGACCAAUUGGGUCACUAAGGAAAUGUUUAUUGAUUACAUACCUCAACACUACCGCGCCCUUUUGGACUCGGCGUAUAACUAUUUGGUCUCCCGUGGAUAUAUCAACUUUGGAAUUGCUCCCGCCAUAAAAGAGAAAAUUCCAGCUGAACCUAGUAAACCGAGCGUUAUUAUCAUUGGUGCUGGCCUUGCAGGGUUGGCUGCUGCACGGCAGCUAAUGCGCUUUGGGUUUAAAGUGACAGUUUUGGAAGGCAGGAAGCGUGCCGGCGGGCGGGUUUAUACAAAGAAGAUGGAGGGAGGGAAUAGGGUGUCUGCAGCUGCAGAAUUAGGUGGUAGUGUUUUAACGGGUACUCAUGGGAAUCCUCUCGGGAUUGUAGCUAGGCAAUUAGGUUAUACACUUCACAAAGUUAGAGAUAAGUGUCCCCUUUAUAGUGUGGAUGGAAAACCAGUUGACCCGGACAUGGAUAUGAAGGUAGAAACUGCUUUUAAUCGAUUACUAGAUAAGGCAAGCAGGCUUAGAGAGUUGAUGGGCGAUGUCUCUGUUGAUGUGUCCCUUGGUGCCGCACUGGAAACUUUCAGACAGGUUUAUGGGGAUGCGGUGAAUGAUGAGGAGAUGAACUUGUUCAAUUGGCAUCUUGCAAACUUGGAAUAUGCUAAUGCUGGUUUACUAUCAAAUCUGUCACUGGCAUUUUGGGACCAAGAUGAUCCAUAUGAUAUGGGUGGGGAUCAUUGCUUCUUGCCCGGAAGGAGGAAAUGGAGGCUGGUUCAAGCUUUAGCUGAGAACGUGCCUAUUUUAUAUGAGAAAACUGUACAUACAGUUCGCUACAGUAGUGAUGGAGUGCAAGUUAUUACAGGAAAUCAGGUCUUUGAUGGCGAUAUGGCAUUGUGCACGGUUCCUCUAGGGGUAUUAAAGAAAGGAUCUAUUAAAUUUAUUCCUGAGUUGCCACAGAGAAAGCUUGAUGGAAUAAGAAGACUGGGUUUUGGUCUGCUAAACAAGGUUGCCAUGCUCUUUCCUCAUGUGUUCUGGGAGACAGAUCUGGAUACAUUUGGCCACCUUUUUGAUGAUCCAAGUCGUCGUGGAGAGUUCCUUUUGUUUUACAGCUAUUCAACAGUUGCUGGUGGCCCCUUGUUGAUUGCUUUGGUAGCAGGGGAAUUUCUGAUCAGCAUCACUGCCAAAGCUGCACUUGACUGUUGUAGUGUCAUACUAUUUCCACAGCAGUGUUGUAUCUAUGAGCCAAAAGGAAUCAAUGUCCCCGAACCUAUUCAAACUGUCUGUACUAGAUGGGGUAGUGAUCCAUUCUGUUUUGGUUCUUAUUCUAAUGUUGCAGUUGGAGCUUCAGGAGAUGACUAUGACAUUCUAGCAGAAAGUGUUGGAGAUGGUAGACUAUUCUUUGCUGGGGAGGCGACCACGAGGCGCUAUCCUGCUACUAUGCAUGGGGCUUUUCUUAGUGGCCUAAGAGAAGCUGCAAAUAUGGCCCACUAUGCUAGUGUUAGGUCCCUUAAUGAAGUUGAUAGGACUCCUUCAAAUGCUCAUUCUUGUGCUUCCCUCCUUACAGAUUUAUUUAGAGAACCUGAUAUAGAAUUUGGGAGCUUUUCAGUCAUUUUUUCCCAGAAAAAUGCAGACCCCACUCCAGCAAUUUUAAGGGUGACAUUUGGUGAGCCUAGGAAGAAGACUCAUGACCUUUCAAAACAAGAUCAGCAACACUCAAACAAAUUACUUUUCCAGCAGCUUCCGUCUCAUUUUAAUCAGCAGCAGCAGCUUCAUGUUUACACUAUGCUAUCAAGGCAACAAGUUCUGCAGCUAAGAGAGGUAAGAGGUGGUGAUGAGAUGAGAAUGAAUUACCUUUGUGAAAAGCUGGGAGUAAAGCUGGUGGGAAGAAAAGGGCUGGGACCUACUGCUGAUUCUGUUAUUGCUUCAAUUAAAGCUGAGAGGGGCAAUCGCAAGCCCAUUUCAACCUCCACGGCUCUUUAA